AUUUUCUUUCCUUCGAACGAAAUAUUUUGUUUUUAUAUAAUUAAAUAUAUCGAGGAGAGAGAUAAUAGUAACAAGGAAACCGCCGUCGCCGGAUCUGGCAGUGGUUCGUAGACGAACAACUACUUCCCGAUCUUAGAAAAGGAGUUUCUGUAUAUAUAUAUAUAUUUAUUUAUUUAUCGGAAGGGUUCGGUUUUACGUUUCUGUUUUUGAGAUUUCGAAAAACCAUGAGGAAGAAGCUCGACACUCGCUUCCCAGCUGCUCGUAUUAAGAAGAUUAUGCAAGCUGAUGAGGAUGUUGGCAAGAUCGCUUUGGCAGUUCCUGUCUUAGUCUCGAAAUCUUUGGAGUUGUUCUUACAAGACCUUUGCGAUCGUACAUAUGAGAUUACCCUCGAGAGAGGAGCCAAAACCGUGAGCUCAUUGCACCUGAAACAUUGUGUGGAAAGAUAUAACGUGUUUGAUUUUCUGAGGGAAGUUGUGAGCAAGGUGCCUGACUACGGACAAGCGCAAGGGUCUGGUGAUGUCACCAUGGAGGAUCGCAGCGUCUCCAAGAGAAGGAAGCCGAUCAGUGACGAAGCGAAUGACAGCGACGAGGAAAAUAAGAAGAGCAAAACACAAGAGGUUGGGAAUGCUAAGCCGGGUGGCAGGGGUAGUAGAGGUAGAGGACGAGGAAGGGGUCGUGGUGGACGAGCUGCCAGAGCAGCAGAAAGAGAGAAUCUGAACCGCGAGAUGGAACUUGAGACCGCCAUGGCGGAACAGCCACCUUCUCAUCAAGACACUAACCACCAGAUGCAUGUCUCAGUGUCAUCACCACAAGAGAACGAGAAGAAAGAUGUCGAUGGAGCAUCAAACGAAGACACCAAGCAGCAGCAGCAACAACUCCAAAGUCCAAAAGAAGGUAUUGACUUUGAUCUCAACGCUGAAUCUCUCGACCUAAACGAGACCAAACCGGCGCCAGCCGCAGCAGCGGCAGACACAGCAACGACCUCAGAGGAAUAUCCAGGCUGGCCUAUGGAGUUGGGUAAAAUAGACCCAACACAGUUAGCAAGUUUGGGUAAGAGGAUAGACGAGGAGGAGGAGGAGGAUUAUGACGAAGAAGGCUAAGGACAAAUCAACACAAGUAGGACAUAAAUAGUGUAGCAGCAUUUAGCGGUUUCUCUAGAAAAAAUGCUCUCUCUGUUAUCAAAGUCUUCUUCCUAUUUCCGUUUAUUGUACGAAUCAAAGACUGUAACUUUUAAUUUAUUUCUUCUGGUAUGUUA